AUGGCGUCCAUUUCCAUUUCUUCCUCACUUUCAUUCCCUCGUAACCAGCCCACCAAAGCAACCCGUUUCCCCGACCCAUUUCCACAUUUCGGACCCCCAGGCCACCCGGGACAACUCAACAACCCGAACGGGGGAGCUUCCAUGAGCAUCGACAACCUUAAACGUUUCUUCGACCUCAACGUUGGCAACUGUCCGCUUUCUGUCAAUACUUAUGGAGAAGAUGAACUCAUCAGUCUCAUUCAAACGCUGUACAUAAAACAACCUUCAUCAAGCAUAACGAUUUCAGGAUACGAAGAGGAACCAGAAUGGGCUGAAUACAAAGUCAAAGAAACCAAUAUGUUCACUGUGGACAAAUAUCAACAGAUUGGCUUUUUUCCCAAUGAGAGGGCUUUUUCAUUGAGAUAUCAGACUGCUGGCAUGCUAGAAACUGUCUUAAGGCAAGGCGUGUUGGGGGAAGAUGACACUGGAGAAGAAUCACCCAAAAAUCUUAAGCUUCCCUCUCGUCGGCCUGCUAUUGUAUGUGAAAAUUGCCUAUAUUCACAAGAGAAAGACAGGCGAGCAAGAGCAUUUCAUAUCAUGGAUCCAAGAGGCAAUUUGGAUAUGUUUCUUAUCUUCCUUGAGGACAGAGAUAGCGGGGACCUUUUUCCACCUUCACUUGACAGUGAUGUGGAGAGCAUAGACAAGAUUGUGCCAUUUCUUGGUAACUGGAAAGGCCAUUCUGUAACAAAGCGCAGUGGAGUUUAUGGAGCAACAAUUGCUGAAGCUGAUACAGUUGCUUUACUUAAAAUGGAUGACAAGGGUCAGUUAAUCCAGGAUAUUUCUUCAACAUCUGCUGGAAAAACAAUUACGACUAAUGUGCACUGGAUGGGAACCAUGUCGGACAACCUGGUUACAUUUGAUGGAGGAUACCAAUAUACGUUUUUGCCUGGAGGCAUGUACUUGGGAUGCCCUUGCAAUAUUGCAAAGAGUGUUGAAGAGUGGAAGUCAUUCCAUUUGGAGUUUGGUUGGGUUGAAACCCCUGGUAAGAGACAAAGACUGGUUCGAACCUAUGAUGUAGAAGGCUUGGCUGUUUCAUCAACUUAUUUUUCUGAGAUUAAAUUGUGAGUUUCUUGCACUUCAUUGUACCUAAUUUCUUCGGUUGAAUGAGAGAUCCAUAUUUCGGCUCAUGCAAUGUUGGAGAAAGCCCAACUGAUGUAUUAUUUACCUUCCAUUUAUUUAUUGAGUUGGGAGGACAGGAAUUUGUUUAAACUUUAAAUAGAAA